UCAACAUGGCGGACGGCGACGGGUGUAUUCACAGUAAUAUGAUGUUAUUAUUAGCCCGUUCGCUUGGUUCUUUGAAACCAACACCAUGGGCAAAGGUUCAGAAACUGAUUAAUUACUUUCCAAAUGAGAAUAGUGAUGGUAGUCUACAGCUGACUUCACGAGGACAAGAUGCAGUUAUUGCACUGGGAGUUUACUUUUUAGAGUCUGGACUACAGUAUAAAGAUAAAAUUUUACCGAAGUUAUUAGGAAUUCUUCGUGGAUUGUCUAAGGCUAAAUAUGUUGAAGGUCCAAAGGGUCUUAAUAAAUAUAAAUUACCAAUGACAGAAUGUUUUAGUUUUUGUUUAAAUACGAUUUUAUGUGAUGUUGCUUUUCGAGACAGUGAUUCCAGAGAUGAGAUUAUUGCUGCACAGCUUGACUUGAUGGAAGUUUUAACAAAGCUAUGUGAAGGUUCUUAUGAUAUACCUAAAGCUACAUUAGGUUUUACUAUUGUUCCAUUGUUACUUGGGUUAGCGAGAUCUGUUGGUCGUUCUAGUGAUGAGGAGCGUCCUUUAAUAUCAACUGUUUUAACUGUAAAUAAUAUAAAACUUUGCCAAACAUAUGAACAAGAAAACAUUUCCCAUCAUAGAAGAGCUUUCAGCACUUUUCGGCCAAUUUUACCAAGAACUCUUUCAUCAUUAGUCAUCAAUACUGAUAGUCCUAGUCCCACCUCACCUAUACCAUUUGAUUACUCUGAAAGCAGACGUGAACGCUCUCCUUCCCCUCUCAUGGGACCAAGCAGAGAAAGUAUUUUGAGUUCUUCUGAAAAAGAAGAAAAACAAGAAGUGUCAUCUAUAUAUCUGAAUAAAGUUGGCGCCAGUUUUACUCGAACCAAACCGUGGGGUUUUGAAAUUAUUCCUGAACAAGAUCAUCUGGAAUUCUGUAGUGCACAUUUACAGACUUUAGUCAGUGUUGCUAAGAGGUUAUUAAAUAAAGAUGUGUUAAAAAAUCUUGAUAAUAUUUUAAAAGAUACAUUAGCAGAAACAGAGAAACAUGAGAUCUGGAGAUUUCCAUAUAAAUCAUUCAGUGAAACUAUAACAGUUGUAAUUGUUACAUUAUUGAGAGAUGUACUUGAACAAGAAAAAGAUUUACCAGCCAAGUUUAUGAAUGAUGUACAGGAUUUUGUAAAGAGUUUAUAUGAAUCUGGUCAAGUAGAUUUAGAAAAGAAACAUGGCCAUCCACAUGAUAAAGAUCAUAGAAAAGAUCAGGAUGAUAAUGAUCAUGAGUUUAAUCCAUAUCAACUAACUGUUUAUAGUAAUGCUGCCUGUGUUGAUCUUUUAUUUUGGGCCAUCAGAGAAAUAUCAGAAGCUGAAAAUUUAUGUUUAAAACUAACAGAGAAGAUCAGUAAUAAUACAGAGAAAAAACUACUAUUAUCUCAUACACCGUUGAUAUUAGUAUCAUUAGAGGCUUUAGGAAAAUUGGCUGUAAAAUUUCCUGCUUUGGCUACAACUAUGGUGGCAUCUUUGAGAGAUUUUCUUAUCACACCAUCACCUAUUCUAAGUAAGCUCAACAAAUAUGCUUCAAGAGAAAAUGAAAAAGGCGGGAUAAAGAUAACUGUGACAGACGUAUCUCAGACAAAAUCAUCUAGUAAUACUAGUAACAAUAAUGGUAAAAAGGCACCAAAUAAGUUAAUGACUGCAUUAGAAAAUUUAAGAGAUAAUGCUAUUCAUAAUAUCUGCAGGGCUUUGAAGGCAGGAAUAAAUGAAUAUUCUGAAGUUGUUGAUGCAUUUUUAGCAUCAAUAUCAAACAGAUUGUAUCAGGCUGAGAUGAGUGACAGAAGUUUUAAUAAAACUAUAUCAUCUGAUUCCCGGUGGCAGACGUUAAAAGUGGUUCUCAAAUUUACACAUUCAGCCAGCUUAUCAAAACAUCAGAUGGACAAAUUCAAGAGUUGA